UAAAUAAAGCCCGUUUACUUGCGUAAGGUGCGCUUCCAAAGUUUACUUCAUUUGUUCGCGUGUAAAACCAGUCAAAAAUUUCUCUCUCUUUUUUGAGGUGUUUAUGGUCAGCUUGAAGUGAAGUGGUCAAAUAAGAGUCAACAGCAUGGUAUUCCUGACACGUCUAUUAAGAGUAGAUGUUUGCAAACAAUCGUUGGUGACUCUUCGUAAGAGUACAGGCCAUUCGUUCCAGCACUGUAAGCAGGCCCUGGAACAAACCAACAAUGACGUGACACAAGCUACAGCUUGGCUCCAGGCCGAAGCGUUAAAGAAGGGUUGGACUAAGCUCGAACGUUCUGAAGCGCGAGAAGCUCAACAAGGUGUCUUCGCCAUGGCAGGCCUUGGAAGUAAUCUUGUUGCUGUAACUGAAGUAAACUGUGAAACCGAUUUUGUAGCACGAAAUUCGGAAUUGCGCGGUUUUGCCCACAAGAUUUCCGAGACCCUUUGUCAAGAAGUCCGUAAAGGUAAUUUGGCUGCAGGGACGAACCUACAGACACUGCCUUGGGAAAAACUUUCUCAACUUGUCAUGGACGGCCAGAGUGUGGACGAAGGCCGGGCUAGAUUGGUAGCAAAGGUUGGAGAAAAAGUAGGCCUUCGUCAGUCGGUUAUUGUUGCAGCAAAGGGGGAUGAACGAUUAGCGGCAACAUGUCACCCAGACGGUGCUUUCGGAAAAUACGGAGCAGUAAUGUUGUACAAAGGUGGAGAUGACGACGUUGCUGAAAAAAUAUGCCAACAUAUCAUCGGUAUGAAACCUAUGUCAAUCGGCAAACUAGAGGAUCUGAAUAAAGAACUAUCGGAGAAAGAUGCUGCACAGAAAGUGCAGGCAAAAAGCUCCGAAAAUGCUGAAAACCUUAACGAAGAUGCCGAUGAUCAUACUCCACAAGCUAGACCAAGCAAAGACAACGAACAUAGGUUGUUAAUGCAAGACUUUGUAUUUGAUCCGGACACGACAGUCGGCGAACUACUCCAGGAACACGGCAUGCAGAUCACUAGAUUCUAUCGAUUUGAGUGCGCUCAGGAAAUGAUUGAAAAUAAAGAUUAAAUCGAUAAAUAGGCGAAAGAGGACAUAUCGAAGGGAAUUAGCGUGGGCCUAGGUUUAUCUUUCCUGUUCUAUUUUAGCUAAUGUAGCAUAUAUGCCUGUGUCAAAAUGUUGAUAGUAUUAAUGUACUGAUGGUAAAUUAAUAAAAAAUAACCACAACAGUAUAAGAGUGACACCUUUUGAGUUCAUGUUAUUCUUAUCAAUAAAUAUACUAUAAUUGAA